CAGAGAUGAGUAGAAGCGCCUGGCAGAGUAGAAGACGCGGGCGAAGGCGCCAGCAGAACCCCGCCUUCAGUCAGGGGGACUCUAGUGAGAGGUCCACCACGGAGACAUCGCAGAGCCCACAAGAUUCUGACCACCAUGAUGCUGAGGCCCCGUCAACCUCAUCCAGCAGAGCUGGAGCAUCGUCCGUACCAGAUCUUCCGGGCUUUUAUUUCGACCCUGAAAAGAACCGCUACUUCCGUUUACUGCCUGGUCAUAACAACUGCAACCCCCUCACAGAGGAGGGCAUCCGGUACAAGGGGCUGGAGAGCAGAAGACUGCAGCUGCUGCACCAGGAGGACAAGCAGAGAAAGAAAAUUACCAGAAUAGGAUUUAACGCAUCUUCCAUCCUACGAAAAAACCAGCUGGGUUUUCUCAACACGGCCAGUUAUUGCCGUUUAUCCCAUGAGCUUCGGGUGAGCUGCAUGGAGAGGAGAAAGGUAGAGAUUCAGAGCUCAGAUCCUUCUGCUCUGACAAGUGACCUGUUCAACUUCAUCCUGGCAGAUACUAGCAGUGACUGCCUCUUCACAGUGAAUGAUGUCAAAAUUGGAGGAUCCAAGUACGGCAUCAUCAACCUGCAGGGUCUGAAGGCCCCCACGUUCAAGGUGCACAUGCAUGAAAACCUGUACUUCACCAACAGGAAGGUGAACUCUGUGUGCUGGGCCUCACUCAGUCACUUGGAUUCCCACAUCCUCCUGUGCCUCAUGGGCCUUGCAGAGACACCAGGCUGUGCCACCCUGCUCCCAGCAUCUCUGUUCGUCAGUAAUCACCAAGCAGGUACCGACCAGCCUGGCAUGCUCUGCAGUUUCCAGAUCCCUGGUGCCUGGUCCUGUGCCUGGUCCCUGAACAUCCAGGCAAAUAACUGCUUCAGUACCGGUUUGUCUCGGAGGGUCUUACUGACCAAUGCAGUAACAGGACACCGGCAGUCAUAUGGGACCAACAGUGAUGUCCUGGCUCAGCAAUUUGCAGUCAAGACUCCUUUACUUUUUAAUGGCUGUCGUUCUGGGGAGAUCUUUGCCAUUGACCUACGUUCUCCAAGUCAAGCCAAGGGCUGGAAGGCCACCCGCAUCUUCCAUGACUCAGCAGUGACCUCUGUGCGGGUCCUCAAGGAGGAGCAAUACCUGAUGGCAUCAGACAUGGCUGGAAAGAUCAAGCUGUGGGACCUGAGGGCCACCAACUGUGUGCGGCAGUAUGAAGGUCAUGUGAAUGAGUAUGCCUACCUGCCCCUGCAUCUGCAUGAGGAGGAAGGGAUCCUGGUGGCAGUGGGCCAAGACUGCUACACAAGAAUCUGGAGCCUCCAUGAUGCCCAUCUGCUCAGAACCAUACCUUCCCCAUACCCCACCUCCAAAGCCAACAUUCCUAGUGUGGCCUUUUCUCCUCGCCUUGGGGGCCCCCAGGGAGCCCCAGGGCUGCUCAUGGCUGUCCAGCAGGACCUUUACUGUUUUUCCUACAGCUCAUUGUGUCCCGGCAAUCUGGAGGACGGCAGGUGGGAGUGAAUGGCAGCUUCCUUCAGUUUCUAACAAGGACUUUUUUUAAGUGG